AAGCGACCAGAGGUUGGAUCAGAUGCCCUAAUGGACCCUAUUCAGCCUCUAGUCAACACGCAGGAUGAUUUCCUGAUCUAGCAAGUUCUCUUACUGGCCUCCCUCACCGAUUCUUUCUUACCCCCAAUAUCUUCUCCCUUUCCGGAUCCUCUCCGUCAGCCCACAAGCUUCCCCCUGCUCUGAGCAGUUUCUAGGCUGUCACAGGUUCUAAGAUAGACAGACAGGGAGAGGUGGGCUGGAGUGAGUGACGCCUGGCCACUGGUGAGGGAGGAGGACAGGUUCUGCCGUUGCUAAUGGCUGUCUCUGGGGCCUGGGGACCUGGCAGGCUCCAACAUCUCUGUCCUGUAGGCCAGUGAGUUAAUGAGGCAGGUAAGCAGGGUGUGAUUCCUGGGGGAACCAGAAAAGAGGAUAGAGCCCCUGGCCUUCAGGGGGACCUGGUACAGAAGUGGCCCUCAGGCCCGCCCCCCUCCCCAUCUCAGCUGUGCCCCAGCUGUGGGCAGCCAGCUCAGGUUCCUUAGAAGUGGGGUGCGAGAAGGGACCAAACACUUGCCCAGAACCAUCUCUCGGCUUUCUCUGGCAAGAUCCAGCUUCUGUGCAGAGCAGAGGUGUGGAGGGGCCCAGCCUUUCCCGGAGUCAGCAAGCAGGGCCCGGAACCGCCAAGGAGUGCGAGGCCCGUGAGGAGAGCAGCAGGAGGGACUCAAGGUGGACUUCAGAGUGAACUUCCAGACAAGUGGGCAGGGGAAUGGAGCCCAACUCCACGUUCACGGCCACCGGACUCACAGCCACACCCGAGCGAUGGCUCCGACUCCUCUUCGCCGGGCUGUGCGGCCUCAUCCUGCUGGUGGGGCUGCCGGCCAAUGGGCUGAUGCUGCUCGUGGCAGGCCGGGACUCAGGCACCUCCCGGCCGCUCCGCGCCCUGACCAACAGCCUCAUGGUGAACGUCACACUGUCCGACCUGCUCUUCGUGGUCUGCGUGGUGCCCGUGCUGCUGCUGAGCUUCCUGCGGUGCGACUGGUGGCUGGGCCCUGUCAUCUGCACUGCCAGCCAGGCCACCAACAAUGCUACCAUGUUCUGUACCUUCUACAGCAUGGUGGCCACGGCUUUUCUGCGCCACGUGGCUGUGGCCCGGCCUGAAGUGGCCCUCUCCGCUGGCCGAGGCACCCGCCUGCUUCUCUGUGGGGCCAUGUGGGUCCUGGGCGUCACCGCCUCGUUGCCCAACUGGCUGUUCCAGAGAGUGGUGGUGGAGGAGGGGGCAGCGGGGACCCGGGCCUGCCUCCUGCUCCUGAGCCCUGCAGGGACCUCCUGUUACUUCACCCUGCUGGGAGCCCUGGCCUUCCUGCCUUGUGUGGGGGGGCUGGGCUGCUCUUUCAGCCAUGUGGGCUGGCUCAUGCGGACACAGCCUCGUGGCCCCAGUGGGGAGAGCAUCCAGGAGCACAGGGAGAACACAGCAUUCAUCCUGGUGGUGCUGGGGGCCUUUGUGCUGAUGUGGGGGCCCUGCUCCGUGCUGGGCUAUGUGGCAGCUGUGGGUGGCCUGCCUGUCACGCCAGCGGCUUUUGUGGCAUCCAGCCUCUGCACUAUCCUGGCCUACUCCAAUUGUGCCGUGAGCCCCAUCCUUUGCUUCUACCUCUCCCGCCCCUUCCAGGCAGGGCUCAGGGAUGUCUUCUGCAGGUCCACAGCCGCCACCCACCCUGAGGGUAUGGGCAGGGCUGGUAUGGUGCUGGAGAGCAUCCAGCUGGGCCAGGACAGGGCCCCAGGAGGCCUAUGGAUUCCGGGGCGGGGCGGGGUGGGGGGGGAAGGGGGGCCGCUCUGA